AUGCAUUUCGUUUCACUGGCAACUGUUGCUGCCCUGCCUGUUCUGGCCUGCGCAGGCGUUCUCCAUGGAUACAGCCGCGGGCAUGUCGCCCGCAGCUACACCUCAGCCUCUGCCACAUCAAGGCACAUUCCAACCCCGUACGUCCGUAUGAGCGUCGCCAGUCCACUUCCCAAAGUUGGAGAAGAAACUCAAUCCGGCAACUGGACCACGGCGAUAUGUGACAAUACUAUCGAUGAUGCGACCCAAGACCCUCAGAGCCGGUGGAAUGCUGCUGGAGGUCCCGGUGCGUUGACCGACGUGGUGAACGCAUGGUUAAGUGAGGGCAGCUCAAGCAAUCUGAAUUUUCCAGAGUUUGUUAGCUACUACUUCGCUGGCCCGGACAACUGGAACUGCCAGGACAUUUCCAAUAUCCCCUGUUCGACUGUGGUCACCUGCAACGAUGUCAAUCACCCAGCUGGGUGA